UAAUAGAAUACACGCAUAAAGUGCCAUUCCUCACUCUUACACACACACUCUCUCUCUCUACAAAAAAAACCCAGCUCCAAAUCCCCCACAUCACUCAACAGAAAAAUCUUUUCAUUUCCAUGGAAUAUUGUUGCUGGAGCUUUGUUUGCCUACUUUGUGUUUCUUUGUUUGAAGCAUUUACUGGACUAGCUAGUAGUAGUAGUAGUUGUUGUUGUUAGUGUGUGUUUUUACUUUCUCUCUCUAGUUAAAGCUAAGGUAGAGUAAAAGAUGGCGGUGUCGAUAGAUGGUUUCUCUAUCAGGGAGUAUACUGCGAAAAUGAGGAGUGUGGACGUGGUGAAAUGCUGGCCGUUCGAUGAAUCAACGAAGGAUGUUCAUGUGAGAGCUAUGUUACCUCCAAUUGCCGUGAAGAAAUUCAGCUGGUGGCUUGAUGUACUGGAAUUAUCAGAUGAUAAUGUGGAUUCUGAUGUUAUUCCAGUCACGAGAAUUCGAACGGCCAGAAAAACAAAGGCUAUUAAAGGAAAAGCAAAGGUUCAGAAGAAAAGGUCCAUUAUUGACAUUUUUGCCGUGGCUCCGCAAGUGGAGAGAAUGGAUGACGGUGAUUAUUAUGAUGAUGAGGAUGACGACCAUAAUUGUGAUAUUGAAAGAGUUGAGUCUUCUGAUCGGAAUGUUUCUGCUAUCAGAAAUAGUAAAAAUAAGAAGAGAAAUACAAAGAAAAAGACGAAGAAGAAGGAGAAAACGAUUGUGAGCAAGUUGAAGGAGGUGAAUAAGGGCGUAAUAAAGAAGGGUAAUAAGAGGAUUACGCAAAAGAAGAGAGUGAAUAGUAAUUGCCUGGAUCUACUAAUCCAAAAGAAGGAGAAAUUUGACAAGCUCAAAGUGCCCAGUUCUUUUUCAAAACCUAGUUGUCCACAACAUAGUAGGAAUUGUGGGAAUGACAUGGCAGAUUAUACUCCUACCUACGGGAAGAAAGCACAAAGGACGCAUCUGGUUUCAGAAAAGAAGACCAAAGGCCUAAUUGAUUCCAAGUUCUCCGCAAAGCACCAAAAGACGGUGAUUCCAGUUUGUAGCAAUCUCAAGAAAAGGACUAAACGAUUUCCUGUGGAGAACUCCACAGGUGGCAUUUUAAGUGGUCCCAGUGAUGUAAAUUUUUGCAGCAAUCAACAAGGCGACAAACAUGUCCCCUUCUCAGACUGUGUUGCAGAGAGAGGAGAAGUUGUAUCUCUCGUAGAGGAGAAAGGAACAAAUAAAUUUAUUCUGAGAAAAACAGAAAAUGAGGUUAGUGUUCGACCAGGAUCUCCAAAGCAGUUAUCCGCUGUGUGUAGUACAGCUGAUGAACCUGGUUUACAUAGGCACAAUAUCGGUAUCAAAGAUGAUUCAUUUGAAUGCUGUGACAUUUUCAAUCAAGUUGCUGAGGGAAAUGGCAAUUUAAAAUUGUUCAGGAGAGGCUAUGGGGUGGCAUCACAUGGUUCACAGUAUCUCUGUAAUCCUGGGACUCUCCACGCGGCUCAACAGAUAUAUAACCACCAAAAGAAGGCCCCAAUAGAUGGAAGUCUAAUUAAUGCUUGUGGUGCUAAUGAGAGAUCACAUGAGCAGUUAAAAGGUUCUCUCCAUGAACUUGCUGGGAUUUGCUCCAUGCAUUCUGUGAAGGCAUAUCCUCACCAGUCAUCAGCUUAUGAAAUUCUGAACAGGAAGCCUAUUUUGCUGCCACAAACCAUUACAGGAAGUUGCACUGGUCAUAUCAUGCAAUAUCAACCAUUCCCUCAAAUUUCUCCUCAGGGCUUAAUGUGCAAAGUGUGUUCUUUACCAGAGUGGAAGCAAAGAGAAUCCAUGUAUGGAGAGAAGGGAAUUGAAGAAAAUCAUGUUGGCUUGCCCCUCAACUCUCAAGGGGAAUUGAUCAAUUUGAACUCAAACGGUGAAAGAAAGUUGACUCAACUGCCAAGCUCAAGGGAAAUUGUGGGUUCUUCCAGAGGAUUAGCCGUAACCGACGUUGCACUCUCAAAAUGCAUGGAUAAUCUCCCUGAUGCUAGAGGUCAUGAUAAACGAGCACCACCAAAAGACCAGCUAAAAUUGUCCUUUGUAGAUGAUUCAAUGCAGUGGAACCCUACUUUUCCGGUGCCUUCAAGGUUAGGUAUCUAUGAGUAUGAUGCUGGAAGAACAAAUGUUGAGUUGGAUCCGCGUAAGGAAAAUGAGCAGUCUAUUACUUCUUUUGAGCUAGACCGCCAUGUUAGUAAUUUCUCUAACCAUGGGAGCAAGCAAGAUGAUCAGGCCAAGCAAUUUGAAACCACCAGGUGUCAGCAAUAUGGGAAUUCUGACCAUGUAUCACUGCUUGUCACUCCCUCGAAAAUGCGUCUGAUGGGAAAAGAAUUUACAGUUGGUAAAAGAGAUUUUCAUGUACCACAGGAUAAAAGGAUUUGGACAGAUAAGCAGAUCAUUGCCGAGAAUUUUUCUGCAGAUAACGACAACUACAAUUCAGUGGUUACAAAUCAUGAUCAACAAAAGCUUACCGUGCAUCCUGUGCUGGGGACACUGAAAGGUCUGGUCGCUUGCUCUCCUAGUAUCAGAAUCAAUCAGGCCAUUCCACAGCCUUGGGUUUGCUCCCCUGACUACAGCCAUCAAAUUGAUUCAGUGCAGCAUAAUCAUUUAGGUGCAAUCAAACAAAGCCCUUUCACUGUUUAUAAUCAUAAACCAAAUUUUGAGGAGCCUUUUACAGGUGGAUAUAAAUCUUUCACAAUCAGCCCCUACGCUCCUGGACCAACAGCGGUUCAUCAUUACUCCAGUCAGAAUGGGGGCUCGAGCUCUGUUGUUCUGAACAGUUCAAACUGCGCCAUCAAUUCUCCUUUCUUGCAUCCAAAUUCUGGAACGAAUUUCCGGUCACCCUGGUCUCAGUUAUCUUCAGAAUGCACCCCAUGGUUUUCAGAUGCAAAAGAAAAGAAAAUACUAAUGGAUUUUCAUGAAUUGUAUUCUACAUCUGACAGGAACCAUCAUCACUGCAGCAUUUCUGGGGAUAACCGUCAAAUUGACCAUUCGGUAUAUGUUGCAUCUGAGCGCUUCUGUUCUUUCACUCAGCGCCCUGCACUGGAGAAUCCAGUUGCUUCACCAUCUUUGGCUAACUAUCCCCCUAUGCCACUCCAAAUAGGUUCCAAAGCAAAUGCUGGCACAAAGAAAAGACAUGGUGACGUGAUGAAGUUGAAAGAGAAGAUCAUAUCUACUCCUUGUCUUAGAGAAACUGGUUACAAUAGAGAGGGCAAAAAGAAGCCGCUAUCUGCAUCAGACAAUUGUACAAAUGCAAAAAACAUCCCUAACUUGAUGUUUCAAGAAGAUCCUUCUGCAGUUGCACCAUUAAAUAGGCAUUCUAAGUUUGAAGGUCGUUUCGGCUGCAGACAAGCAUUGGAAUCAGGUUUAGUUAAAGGCAUGGCAAAGAGUAUCGAGAGUGGCCAAAGUGGAACACCUGAUGCAGGUCUUGGAUCUUUUAACAGUGAAGAUACUCUCAAAUAUGACUGUAGUCUACGAUCUGGGCCCAUUAAGUUAACAGCUGGAGCAAAGCACGUACUUAAGCCCUGCCAGUAUAAUGAUCAGAAGAACUUCAGGCCAACUCAUUCAACUAUCCAAUUUGGCGCAUCUACUGCAGGUAGCACGACUCUGGAAACUGAGAACCCAACCAAGAUUUACAAGUUCUAGUGGUGACCUUGAUCGUCCCUUAAAAUACAAGUCUUUCUGGGACAAAUACUAUCAGUCUCCAACUCUUGAAUCGCGGGAACAUCAGUUUUGCUACUUGCAGGAGACUUUUUCUCUAUCCCAGUGGACUUGGAAUCAGAUGUAAAGUUGUCGAAACAUGAUGCUGCAGUUGACACGUUGACUUUUAGGCUUUACUACUAAAUUAUACUCUAAUCGUCAGGUAACUAUCUUUUGGAUUGUGAUAUGACAUUUUGAUGUGGAUGCCUUACUUUUGACAUUCAUCA